CAACUUUCGAAAACUAUCGUGGUCGGGGCGGCGUGUUCUGGCAACCGCGGAGCGACGGCAUCCCUCAGUUCGCUCCUGGCAUGAACGAGGCGCCGUCAGGGAUCUCGCACGAGCCCCCGAGGAGGGAUGGUACCGCGUUUGCGUUCCUGCCGGUGGCAUACAUGGUCGGAUUCGGCACGACGGCGGUCGUCUGGUCUGCUCUCAUCUGGUAUCUUCGGAAGCAGCGUUCGACUGCACUUGAAGGGAAUGCACGAGCAGCGCUGGAGGUGAUCCUCCCUCCCUUUGAACCCAUGCUCUGGGCUUUCUUCACGCUCUCCCUCGUGUUCUUUGUCGUGUGUGUCGUGGUCGUGGCGAUCGACUGGCCGCUGCAAGCGUUCCCCACCGCGUGCGAAUCAGUCUCCCAAGGCCAACAGAUUAGCGUCAUCUUUGUCGGCCUCUUCCUACAUCAGAAGAGUUUGUCCCGACCUGCCAUCGUCCGCACGGCCAUCCUCACCGUGACGGCAGCUAUCGUGCCCAUCCUCCUCACAGGUUUUGUCGGUGUGUUUGUCGUUUCCCAGCAUGUCCAUCUCGCGAGGUGCAUCAGCUGCACGGCCGUGCGCGUCGUUUUCGGUACCUUCUUCCUCCAUCAACUCGUUUGGCCCGUGGACAGGGCCUCCGCCAGCGGCAUUCGCGAAUUCAGUGCGUUUGCUCUGAUCUACUACACCCUCUUGGUUGUGUCGACGCAGUUGUCCUUUGAAGACGAUACUGCCACUGCAGUUUACUUGCUGAUGGCGUCCAACGCGUGGAUGGCGCUGUCUCCCGUCUUCGAGUGGCGGCUGCUGAAAGCAGACACGCAGUACUGGCGAGGUCUCGGCCAUCGCAUGCUCAUCGGCGGGUGCCAGCAAUCCAUCCAGGAAGUGUUGUCGUCGAAAGGCCUGCACGUGCUCCUGGAGAUGCACCGACACGACCUUCUCGAUUUUGCCCAUCUCAAUUUUGCGACGAAAAUCGGCCGUGGCGCCAGCGCCGUCGUGUACCAAGGCACACUCCACGCGACCGAACCCGUCGCGAUCAAAGUAUUCUCGCCGCCAGAGAUUUCCGAGGCGACGGUCGAAGCGUUUUCGCAAGAGGCGGCGGUGUGGGCGAUUCUCGACCACCCAAAUGUCACGUCGUUCUAUGGCCUGUGCGUGUCGCCGCCGACAAUUUGCCUCGUUUCAGAGUUGUGCAAUGGGUCGCUGGCCGACCACCUCGCGGCGGCAGCGUCCAGCAAGGUCGGGGGCCUUCACCCUGUCGCGCAGCUCUGCUACAUGCUCGAUGCCGCGCGAGCCGUCGCCUACCUGCACAGCUUUACGCCGUCCCUGCUGCACCGAGACAUCAAGCCUUCCAAUUUCCUCCUCGACGGUGUCAACAACCGAGUCAAGCUAUCUGACUUUGGCGAGUCGCGUCUGGCAGAAAAACAAGAUCACAUGCGGCGGAUGACAGUCCGCGGCACGGUCGAGUACAUGGCGCCGGAAGUUAUCGAUGGCAAGCAAGGCCAUGCCACGUACAACACGCGCGCCGACGUGUACAGCUUGGCCAUGACGUUCUGGGAUAUCAGUCAUCCCGAUGGGACCAAGUAUCCCGGAGGCGGCCGGAAGAACCACAUGCACUUGUUCCGGCUCGUGCUCAGUGGCGCCCGACCGACGAUUCGGUCGGAUAUGUCGGCGGCACUACAGGACGUACUAGAACGGGCAUGGCACGCCGACCCGGACGUCCGCCCGUCCGCCCUCGACAUCGUCGACAGCGUGGAGAAUUUGCUCGAAGACGAGUGCUGUGUGAUCGCUCAAUUGCUAACCCAGUGCACGAAUGGUCACGCUCGUUCAAGCAAAGGUGGAGGAAAUGGUGGCACGAUGGCCAUUCGUGGCGCCAGCCUCGUCCAAGAUAUGCUGCAACUGGACGUUGCGAUCGACGGGCGAGAGGCCCUCCGCAUCGGCAAUGCGCUCUUGGAAACGGGCUUCCUCCACGACAUCCACCACGCCGCCGCGUUCAUCUACGACGGCGAGUACAUCUGGGAGACGUCCAGUGCCGUGGCCUGCAUGAGCACCACGUCGAGUUCGUCCAAGUCGACGGAGCCGCAGAGCAGCUGUAGCCGCGGCGGGUCUCGCAUGCUGUGUAUGUGCAAGCAGCACGCUCAGGGCAUGCGCCGUCGGCGACGCCGCAAUUCCCUAGUCCGCGACUUUCACAAGAAGCGAGCUCAUGAAGAAAACCUAUUCACGGUCGAGUUACUCCACGAGCAUGACGUGCACACCGACCCCAAUGCCGACGACGGUUUGUAGCGAUGUGUAAUUUUUAUUUAUUUCGUGUUGGUGGAGCCCCGCUAAGCAAGAGAAGCGCACGCUUCGUCUCAACGCAGGAGCGAACACAAAGCACGUCAUGGCUCGAUCCGCGCAUCGCCGUGGCUAUGGUGGGCAUGACUUCAUCACAAACGACUGCGGCCAGAAUUCUGCCGUCGCCUGUCGCUCGCUGUUGUUACCUGGGACAACUCUGGUCAUUCGAGCCGCGUUCGCGCUGUGGCCCUUUGUGACUCUACGUGAGAUGGAGUGUGCCGUUCGCAAGUUCGAGUGUCUGGUGAAAGGGUCGGUGCAAUUGAUGAAUGGACGAACGCUCUCAAUAGUGGAGGUAGCGCGCCG